AUGGACGAAGGUCCCGUACGCGACACAGCGAGAGCAAUGCAAGAUCUCGGUCUGGGACACUCUACAAGCAGGCAGCGCAGCGCAAGCAGAGGUCGAGUAGCCACCGAGGCUCCCGCUGGUCACACGAGGACGACGAGCAAACAGAUCAACGGCACAUCGUCUCGUGAUGAAGCCUUGGUCAAGGAGCGAGAUCAGCUCGCAAAGAUGAAUGAUCUGCUCGAGGAGACAAUUGCAGGUCUCGAGACUUCAAAGCAUCACAUUGCGCGCCUGGAGAGCACGAUCGGCACGACAGACUCGCUCCUCAGUCUUUAUACCGGCUUACUCUCGCAGACCGAGCAUGCAAAGAAUCUCAUACUCGAUCAGGACUGGCAAGGGACAUCGACGGACAUUGCAACGAUCAGAGCGCAAGAAGAGGCGAAAGAGCGCGAGAGACAAGAAGCAUUGAGGUUAGCGACCGAGGAAGAAGCGCAAAAGAGAGCACGAGCAGAGCAAGAGCACAAGCGUACAGCUCCCGCGAGUAGCAGAGGUCCUUCUACGCGCGGUCGAGGCAUCUCAACCACCGCGACUCGAUCAAGAGGACAAGUCGGUAUGUCACGAGGCAGAGGCACCGCAGCAAGCGCAUCAGCUUCCUCCGAUACUAUUACCGCCACCGCGCGAAACGACGCCGGCGUAGCUAGAGGGCGCGGGACGAUCCAGGUCACCGGCGUGAGAGCGCAGCGCGGGCUGCGCAGCCGAGCUCGACCAAGAGGCACUGCAUCGCAAGUUUUAUAG